AUGAUAUACAGCGCUGUUCGCACAGUGGUAGCCGACACCAGCAGCGAAGAAAAGAUCUUCGAAUCCUUAAGUGCGGUCGUUGUCCAUCACGCAUUAUAUGAUUGUCCCAAGUGGGGCCCUCGGGAUUGUUUAGAUGGCACCUGCACAAAAAUCUUGGAAGAAAUCGAGACAGCUCUGCAGGCAGAAAGCAGUACGCUGAUUUGGCUCUCUGGCUCUCCUGGGACAGGGAAAUCUGCGAUUGCCCAUACAAUCGCUAGUCGCCUCAAAAAAAAGUCGAAAUUGGCUGGCACGUUUUUCUUCAGCCGCCAACAUAAAGAUAUCCCAGGCAUGGCCAGCCUUGAUUUCUUUGCGCCUACCUUGGCUUACCAAAUUUCGAGAAGUAAACACUUGGCAAAAGACGCUGUGAUCCAAUCAAUCAGAUCCGACCCUAUUAUCCUCGAUCCAAGGAGGUCGUUUACUGAACAAAUUCAAGGACUACUAGUCAAGCCGUUGCAGAAUUUGCAGGUUUCAUGGAGGCAUUUGGAACCAAAGGCGUUUGUAAUCGAUGCGAUUGACGCAUGCGAAGAAGGACGCAUCUGCGAGUUCAUUUCAUGUCUUUCAAACCUCCUCCACCAGCCGCACAUCCCGCACUUGCACAUCGUCAUCACUAGUCGUCCUCUUCACGCUAUUGAUGAUGCAUUCGAAGCUAUUGGCUGCGAGGAGUCGAUACAUCACAUCGCUCUCGAUGAUGUCGAUGUUACUGAAGACCUUCGUCUUCUCUUCAAGUGCGCUCUGGAGAAGAGUUAUAGGCAUCACGGACUCGAAUACCAUGGAUUAGAGUCCGAUGAUCAGACAAUCCUCUGUCUCGCUGACAGGGCAAGCGGUCGGUUCAGGGGUGCGUCAAUGAUGAUAAGAUUCCUCGAGACCGAUGAUGACGACGAAGUGCCGUGCAAUUUGGAUGAAAAAAUUGACCUUAUGAAGGAUCCUGGUGAUGCAUAUCUGGAUUCCACCCAGAUAUUUCGGUUCUACGAGUUCGUGAUCAACCUGUCAGAAAAUCCAAACCGUGCAUACCGACAUCUGUCCACGGUGGUCAAUCUCGCUAAACCAUUAGCAAUCCUGCACUUGCGGAAGCUUCUAGGAUCUUCAGAAAGUGAUCUAUUGUCCGUUCUCGCGUCGUUAUCCCCAAUAGUCAGCGUCCCUGUUGAUGAUUCUCGCCCUGUCGAGGUUCUCCACAUAGAGUCACUUCGCGAGUUUCUUUCCCAACAUCCGUCUUCGUCGUGUGCAUCUCAGCUCCUUGCACAGUCCAGUCUGCGUACGAUGAGAAGUUCAUUCCUGCGCCAGUCUGGCCUGAAAGAUGAGCUACAACAAAUGGGAAGCGAGCGAAAUUUUUCAAGCUCACCAGCCCUUAGACAUGCUUGCCAGUAUUGGGGUUGGUAUCUCUCUCAGGAUUCGACAGCCGUGGAUAAACGCCUGCGUAUAUUUCUGCGUACCUUUUGGCAGGAUAAAUUACUUUCAUGGUUUGAAAGACAGUGGUACUUGGAGGGUUUAGAAUCAUGCAUAGCUAUCCUGACCGUUGCACAGACCAUUGAUUUCAAUGAGUAA